AUGCAUGCAAGACAAUUUCCUCAUUUGGCAGAGGUUGAUUUGAGCAAGGAACGGGAACAUAUUAAGGCACAAAUCAAUGAAGCUUAUCAAACUGUAAGUCAUCAUAAAGUGCGUAAAGUAGACCAUAAAAAUGUAUUACUCAUCGGGCGUACUCGUACUGGAAAAUCGACAAUUAAAAAAGUACUCGUCGAUCCUACAACAGUUGCUGAUGAAAUGAAGCUUGUUGCUCAAACUCGAACAGCUACGAUUGAGUCAUAUAUCAUCGAUGACAAUGCAACGGUAUUGAAUAUUAUUGAUACACCCGGUCUAUUCGAAAGAGGUUCUAGUGAAAUCAAUUGGCAGGAUAACAAGGCAAUUUUGAAGACAAUUGAAACAUGCAUUGCACGAGAAAUUACUAAAUUUCAUCUUGUCUGUUUUUGCGCGUCGUUCGAAUCUGGUGUUCAUGAAGAAGAUGUGAAAGCAAUGAAGUUACUCAUCGAUUUUCUUGGACCUGAUUUGACUAAUAAUGCUUGCUUGAUUGUUACACGAUGCGAAUCGAAAAAUGAAAAACAACGUGCAGACUUGAAACAUGAAAUUGAAAACGAUACAAUGUUCAAACCAUUGGCUGGAUACUUCAAAAAAGGUAUAUUAUUUUCUGGUACACUUGAUCACGACUCAUGGAAUAAUGCCACUGAUAAUCUUUACUAUCAGUUCGAAACCGUUGUGUCCUACCGUGAGAAAUUGAUCGAUUUAUUAACUAAUAAUGUAGAACCAUUUAAUGUCACGGAAUCCAACAUCACUGCAUACCGACUUGCCAUUGAAGAGCAGGAAAAAUCGGGCACAGCUAAAUCUGGCAAGUGUAACAUUGCAUAG